AUGUCAGUGCAGAAAAUUAGUAAAUAUAAGGCUUCAUUCUUAGUUCAACAAAGGUUCGCAGAUAAGAUCAAAGCUUCAAUAGAUAAUCCACAAACAAAAAUCUUCUUCGAUGAAAACAAUCCAUUUUUAGAUAGACGAGAGCUAUUUGAGUUGCAAUAUGUUGAUAACUCACACAAUAGUAACAUAGAAUUUCUAAAUAGCACCGAAAUCGAUGACAGGGAAGUGCCUUUGGGUCCCGUCGGACAUGGUAAAUUGGCUGGAGGAAUGUGCGGAGCUCCCUUGCUGAUCUCGGGCGACUUCAACGCACAACAUAAUAUGUGGGGUAGCGAAAUUGAAAACGGCUUGGGUAGGACCCUGAGGUCGGCAUUGGAGUCCUCUCCCCACUUCUACAUUCUCAACGACAAGUUAGCAACCAGAAUCCAUUCCAAGACAAGCUGUCCAGACAUUUCGUUAACAUCUCCAGAUUUAUACACCUGCAUUAACUUGAAGAUGGGAGAGGACUCCAUGGGGAGCGACCACUUUCCCAUCUGUCACACAAUAGAAGCGGGUGAAAUUUUUCUUUCUCAGGAUCUAUUCAGAAUGAGUCUCACCAGAAUUGACUGGGAGGCGUUUGCCGACGAGGUGGAUGUUCGGACUCCAGCCAUUGAAUCAGUGAACGAUAUCAAUUGCUUGGAGAGACCCAAUAAUUACAUCUGGUGGGAUAAGAGUUGUUCUGCUCUGGUUGAUGAGAGAAGAGAAGCCCUUAGUAAAUUCAAAUCGGACCCCAGUCCAGAAAAUAUAGCAAAUUACUAUAAAAUAAGUAGAAGUUCUUCUAGAAGCCUCAAUAAGAUUAAACAUAUGAAAUUCAAAUCUUUCUUGGGUUCUUUAAACCCUUCUAACACUAUGAUUAAAAACUUCCAAUUUAUCAAAAGAUAUAAAAAAAGAUUCUAUAACGAAAACUCCAAAUCUUCCAACUCGUUCACUGUUAAUAACAACGAACUUCUCGAAUUAGCUUUUAAAAAGAUUGCUUCAUCUUUUACGUACCAAAAUUUGGAUGUUCCCGAGAACUAUGAUUUCAGUCCUGAUGAAGUACUGAACAAACCUAUCCAACUUGCUGAAAUGGAAUGGGCAAUUCAGAAGGCCAAAAACGCUCUGCUCCAGGUCCAGACGCAAUCUCGUAACAAUAAGGGUUUCAGACCUAUUGCUCUCGCCAACUGUCUAUUGAAAAUACUUGAAAGAGUUAUUAAUGACAGAAUGCAAUGGUUUACAGAAAACAAAAACAUUCUUCCAAAUUCGUUCUACGGUUUUAGGCGUAAUAGAUCAUGCCACGAUUGCCUUAGCAUAUUGGACUUGGAUAUUAGGAUUUCGAAAUUACGUAACCUUAAGCUCGGAGUUCUGAGUCUGGACCUGGAGGGUGCCUACGACAUGGUUAACCUGGAGAGGCUUUUGGCUAUUUUAAUGGAGAUUAAAAUCCCUUCUAAACUGCUGCGUUUCGUAAAAAACCUAAUUGACAAUAGAGAAUUAAACGCAUUUUAUAAUGGAACUAAAUUCAACCAGGGCAGUACCAACAAAGGCCUUCCCCAGGGUGCAAUCCUCAGCCCUUUACUUUUCAAUAUAUACAUUAGAGCUCUCAUCAAUAUGGUAUCUCACAAUAUAAAAACCCUGGAUUGGUUAGAUUCACUAUCUUUGAGAAUAUCAAUUCCCAAAUGUUCAUUUAUCAUCUUUAAUGACCCAUCCAUAGCUCCGGGUAAAUUUUCCAUUGCUUGCGAUAAUGCGGAGAUAAAGAAUUCGGAUAAAUGGAAAUACCUGGGUGUUUUAUGGGACCAGCAUCUCUCUUGGGAACCACAUAUUGAUAAGCUUAAUGAAUCUGUAAAUAAAGGAGUAGCGAUGCUCUCCUCACUGGGAAACUUUAGCUGGGGUGUUCAUCCUAAAACUAUGAUUCUGUAUUAUAAGUCAAUCACGGGUCCAAAACCUCUACCGGGGACAGUGGAGCGGGUAUUUUUCUCGGCACCACCACGGGGCAGCAUUUUCAAGAUUCUCAAGUUUAUGAGAUCCAGUGAUUCAGUCUACAGAGAGGAUAUAUGGAGCGGAGAAGAUCAUCCUGAAGAAAGAUCUUAUACAAGAUUUGAUUCUGGCGGGCCCUUCCCGAUCCUCGCUGUUUAG